AUGGAUCAUAAUUAUGAUGAGGAUGUUUUGUUUAAUCAAUUUUUGAUAGCUCUUUGCAAAUCUUCAGCAGAAACAUUUUAUAAAGCUGUUGAAAAUGGAUGGCCCAUUUGUGUUCCUAGAGUUGGUUCCUUCUCUAAAAAUAAGUAUUCUGAAAAAGAUUUUAAUGAUCAUAUUUUAACUCCCAGUAAGUGUUCAGAUUUAAAAUUCAACACAUUAAGUGGCCAUGAUGUAUAUGUAGAUAAAGAUAACCAUGUAAUCAAAUGUCAAUAUGAUGGUAAAACUAACACAGUAGACAUAUUAUUUACUGAAACUUGUUAUACAGAAAAUGAUCAAGGUUAUAAGAUAAUUUGUACAGAUGGCCCAUUAACAAGUACCAGCAUGUUGGAAGAUAUUAUUGUAAUCAAAUCUGUUCAAGACUGUUUAAACUUUUUGUAUUCAAAAAACAACAAAUUAUUAUUAAAAGACUUAAGAAGUUUAAUUGAUGAUUUUUUAUCAUCUAAUGAUUACAUAAAUAUGUCUGUUGAUGUUAAAAAAAAAGCUAUGGAAAAUUUGUAUAAUAAAUGUUUAAAAAAAACAAAUUAUCAUAUUAAACUGUCAAAUAAUUUUUUUCAGAACAAUAUUAAACUUGCAAUAGAAUAUUAUAUCCAAAAUAAAUUGUAUAAUGCCUUAAUAAAUUCAAUCAAUAUUUUAUUAGCUAAGGAAGAUGCUAAAUUAAAUAAACUUAUAAGAAAUUGCUCUAGUGCCAUGAUUGAUAUGGAAGUGGACCAAGAAGUAGAAAAUGCAAUACCAAAUGCCAGAUGUGAACUAUCCAAGUUAUAUGUACAUAAAACUGUAAUUGGGAAAUUUAAGUGUUUAAAAGAUACAUUUUUAAAAUUGUCUAAUGGAAAUAAACAUUUUACAGUGGAUAACCUUCUGAGUGCUCUAGUUCAUUUAGUCAUACAUUGUAAAAUUCCAAAUUGGAAUGCUCAAAUAUAUUUUAUGAAGCAUUUUAUUAUAAAUAAUGUUAAAGACUUUGAUGACAACUUCUAUUUAACUUCUUUAGAGGCAGCAGUUGAACAUAUCAAAAUUAAUAACUUUAACCUUGAACUGUCUACUAAUUUCCAUGAUCCAAAAUGUGGUAACUUUUAUAAUUAUAUUCGUAAAGGAGAGUAUUAUAAAGUUAAAGAAACUUUAGAAUUUGUUAAAAUUCAACAAUGUAGUUCAAAAUGUCAUCCUUUAUGUGAAUGUGAUACUUGUAUGAAAGAAGUAUUAAAAGAACCAACAGUUUGUGUGAAGUAUAAAGAUGAACAGGGCCUUACUCCUCUACAUGUAGCAGCAUUUUAUGGCUAUCCACUUAUCAUUGAAUUACUCUUGGAGUAUGGAUCAGAUAUAAAUGCUUUGGAUAAUUUUUCACGCACACCAGCACAUUACGCUGCACUAAGAGGACAACAGAAUGCAUUAUUAUUUUUGUUACAUAACAAAGCAUUAAUGAUUAGUGACAAUGAAGGUAAUUCUCCUUUGCAUUUGUGCUGUUCAAAUGGGCAUGAUGCUUGUGUCAAAGCAUUAUUAUACUUUAUGGAGUUUUCAGAUUCAAAAUUAAAUAUAAAUGUACAAAACAAUCAAGGUGACACACCUCUUCAUCUAUGUUUUAAAUGGGGUUACUCUAGUAUAGUACAAAUACUUAUCGAACAAGAUGGAGAUCCAUUAGUGUGUAAUCGAAGAGGACAAACUUGUUUUGACUGUGCUUUUAAUUCCAGAAUGGUUGAGAUAUUUUCCAUUUAUAAGAAAAAUAAUAUAGAACGAGUGAGAAGAAGCAGUGUUGAAAUAACAUCACAGCAAAAAAUGAUUGAAAAAAUUAUAACUGCUAUAUCUGAUGGUGAUAUACGUUUAGUGCAACACUAUUUGAACAUUGAUGAUGAAAAUCAAAAUGUAAACAAAUCUGUCAAUGUCAAUAGUUAUAGUUAUAAAGGAUAUACACCUUUGCAUGUAGCAGUAAAUAGUGGUAAAAUUGAUAUUGUUAAAAUGUUGAUUGAAUAUGGAGCAGAUGUUAAUUUAGUGACUACUUCUGAACAACGUACUGCAUUACAUUUGGCUGUACAGAAUAAAUUAAGUGAAAUUGUUGAUAUUCUAUUAGAUUCUAAAAAAUGUGAUAUCAAUAAACAGGACAAUUGUGGUAAUAGUGAGUUGCACUAUGCAUGUUCAGUUGGUGAUGCUAAUAUAAUAAGUAAAUUACUCAAACACGGUGCUGACUUUGGAUUAAUCAACAAACAAUUUAUAAGUCCUUUAAAUAUUUUAAACGAAAGUACAGAAUUAAGGUAAAUUAAAUCAUAUUAUUUAUUGUUAUGUUCUAUCAUGUAGGUAAUUUUUUGUUUCCCAGUUCAAUUAUUAUUAAUUUUCAAAGAAUGUGUACCUAUACUUAAUGUAUCACAUCAAGUAUAGGUACAUACUUUAACCAUUUUGCGUUCUUUAUAAUUCUGACUGCACCCAAAAUCUUACAUACUCAUCUACAUCUUACAUCAUACAUCUUACUCACUUCAUAGUUUUUGAUAGUUAGUACAAAAUAGAAAUUGUAUGUGAAAAAUAACCACUAUGUUAAUUUAUUUAAGGAAUAGGUACCUAUUUGAAUAAAUUAAAUUUAUUAACUCUUCUUCUCAUUCGUCUUCAUACCAACUAUUUGGGUUCUGUCACCCUCGUCCAAAACUUCUACUUGACCUGAUUGCUACAUUAUCCUUGUAUUGUAAAUAAUUUGAGAAUGUCUAUUUAAUUUCAGACAUUUGAUUUCAAUGAAGAAAAAGACACUUUGA